UAGCGGAUUCGUCUCGGGAGAGGUACGUUACGUGAGCGCGCGCGGAAAAGGCGAAUCUUUUCUUCUCAGAGGCUGUGGUAGCUCUAGCAGCUAGUAUCUGCCUAGUACUACUAUACUGUUCGGAUCGAGGAUUCGUCGUCGAGGCGCGAUAUUGGAACGUUGUAUGGAACGGUUAAAUAAUAGGAUUUUGCAGUCGAUUUUUUCCUUCGUUGUUCCAUGGGGGAAAAACUUGAGAGAGUGCUGCACAACUAGAAAAUGAUAGCUUAAUUAAUUGUUGCAGUGCAAUGACUUUUUCCUCGGUGAUUGUCGGACAGUUUACGAGUGAAAAGACAGAUUGAGUUUUCGUGCCAUCGGUUCUUCGAAUCGGAACGUGAAAAAAUUUGGCCACCCGUGUCGUGGGGAAAAAUUUGGGAGGUGUUUGAAGUGAAAAAGGAAUAACUUGCUGGAUGGAACGGUGAAAAUUAUUGAUGGAAUUCGUGAAGUGAGAACGGCUUGGCCUAACAGAAAAAAAAUGCAAUUUUGGCCUUGAAGCCGUGACCUGAUCAUGAGAGUGCGUGUGUGGAUUGAAAAUUUAUUACCUGGUGGCACGCUUGCCAAGUUUUUUUUUCUUCAUGGUUGUUCUAGUGUCUAGUGAAUAAAUUGCUAGCAGAAAAAAACCUUCAUCGCUUCGAAAGUUUUGGCUGAAAAAUCGUAAGGAUUGUACGAUUCAUGCGUUCAUCAUUGGAUAAGCGAUUUUGAUGUUCUUGCUCAUAAGGCAUUAAGAAAUCGCCCUACGGUUGCAGUACUUUGGAUUGACAUUCAAGAAGUUAAUUUAUGUUGAAUACACUGAGCAAUGAAAAAGGAUAAAAAUGUGAAGGAUGUCCAAUGAAGAAAAAGUGAAAAAGUUAAAUGAUCAGAACAUAGUACAGAAUUGUAGGGAAAUCGAUCUAAGUGUUUGUCUUUGCUGGCGAUAAAGGAUAGAACAAGUGCCAUUUGAAAGGGCGGAAGAAAGCUGCGAUCCAUCGUAAAAUGAUUUUGCUUUGGCAAGCUUGGCUCGUUUGAGUGCUACUUUACUAUUUGACGAGUGGGCAUUAGCCAAAAGAGAAAGAACCUCCACAAGUAAGAAGACCGACUAAAAGGAAAAUUUAUCGGAUAACCAGAGACCGUGAGAAAUAUACAAGAACCAUAAAACAAGUAGAUAAAUAAAUCAUAAAAAGGAUCCCCGCUAAGAAGACGAAACAUUAGAAAACAGCGUCGCAUAUCGAAUACCCAUCAUCAUCACACGAGUGCAACGAGUAGAAACAACGACGCCGAUGAUGAUGGAUCCCCCGGCAAAGCCAGAUCCUGCGACGGGGGACCGUCUUCGAAUUCGUUUGUUGACUCGGAUAAUGGCGUUUGUCUUUCUGGUGAUGAUGGCGGCAACAGUGACGACAGUGGCAGCCGAUCCCGAUGAGGACAUUCCGCAUAACGACGUCCGAAAUUGGGCCAUCCGCUUCGGUGUGGAUCUUUGGGAGUUUGGCCGACAGUUUACCAAAGUGAACGAAAUCAGAAAUAAAUACAAGGACUACGAUCUGGACGUCAAUCGUAAGGAUGGAAUCCUGCUCUUACGUGAGCUGGCCGCCGAGGUGAAGAAUUUUAUGGAUUUUAAAAUGAACGCUGUCAUGCGAAUAAUGGACUCGGCUGAGCAGGCAGCUCUCUCCGAAUCGGACCCGGAGAGCGGUGGGUCCAAAUCCCAUGGAAACGGGUUCUACGAUGCGAGACGGAUAAACGAGUACCAAUCGGAUGGACGACUGGCCGAAGGCUCUCGACAGAUGCUGUUGCGGCACAUGCGACGCUUCGAGGGCUAUCCGGUCAAUAUCAGCCUUAGCGCGGUUCUGAUGGCCAAUGGAGUCAACCUAGAUGACCCAGAGACGCAAGCAGCCAUCAAGUGGUCCUCUCACUUGGAUCCCCUGUUUGCCAACAACAUCGAACGGGAUUCGGCACUAUCCUGGCAAUAUUUUGGCUCCAGUUCUGGGUUCUUGCGACGCUUUCCCGGCACAGCGUGGCCCCCGGAAACCUCGUACGGCAGUAAGGAAAUCAGCGACUUUCGAACGGAGGAUUGGUUCAUUCAAGCGGCUUCUUCGCCGAAGGAUGUGAUGAUUUUACUUGACUCAUCGGGAUCUAUGAGUGGAAAAGAAUAUCAGCUUGCAGUUGCCACUGCAUCUGCCAUCAUGGAUACACUGGGAGACGAUGACUUCUUCAAUCUUGUUUCGUUUUCCGAUCAACCGAAAGUGAUUGUGCCGUGCUUCCAAGACAAAAUGGUUCGUGCAACUCCCGACAACAUCAAAGAAGUAAAAACCGCAAUCCAAUCGGUGGAAUGUGAAAACACAGCAAACUUUUCGGCCGCAUUGGAGUCGGCUUUUGAGUUGCUUCGAAGGUACAAUCAGAGCUCCCAGGGAAGCCAGUGCAAUCAAGCCAUUAUGUUGAUUACCGACGGACCCAGUGACACUUUUGCCGAUGUGAUCAAACACUACAACCAUCCACAUAUGCCCGUUAGAAUCUUCACUUACCUGAUUGGAACGGAUAAAAGUAGCGGGAAGAAUUUGUACCAAAUGGCUUGCGAUAAUAAAGGAUUCUACGUCCAAAUCAACAGCGUUGAAGAAGCUAAGCGAAAGGUUGUGGAAUACGCCUUGGUGAUGGCCCGACCAAUGGUUUUGUACCAAGCGGACCACCCCGUCCAUUGGAGCCCGGUAUUCACCGGAGGUCGUAGUGGAAUUCUAGGACGUGAAAACGAAAACAAACGUAAACUGGUGACGACAGUCUCAACGCCUGUUUUCGAUCGGCGAAAUCACUCAUCUAGGGCUGCCAACUUGCUCGGGGUUGUGGGUACCGAUGUUCCUAUAGAGGAGAUUCAGAAAAUGAUUCCACAGCAUAAAUUGGGCGUGAAUGGGUACUCAUUUGUCGUUGAUAACAACGGACGAGUUUUGUACCAUCCGGACUUGCGGCCUAUGAGCGAUAACGGACAGUACAGUGCAUCGCUGAAGCAUAAGUACAAUUCGGUUGAUUUGACCGAAGUGGAGCUGCCCGAAGCGGAUAAUCCUAGCAAUGGGAUAAGUGAACGCCAUGAACAUAGAUUUACGAAUGUUCUCCAAGAAUUACGAAAUGAAAUGGUCCUUCAAAAAGAAGGUGAAAACGAGCUGACCGUUCUCACACAUAUGGACGGAAUGAAGCGCGUUACUUUGAGGCCUCAAAAGUACUUCUAUGGCCCAAUCGAUGGUACUCCAUUUUCCUUGGGAAUUGCUCUUCCCGACAACUACGGUAUCCAUGAGUUGAAUGCCCAAAUAGAGAUUAGGCAUUCACACAAUAAUGUUACCGAACACUUCCAAGGCUCUAACUGGAAGGUUCACCCGGAUUGGGUGUACUGUGAGUAUAACAGUCUCAAAGACGUAGAAAACAAUGGCGAGAGUACGGCGGAAUCCACCUACCGGGACAAGGACGAAAGUUUCGACACACCUGAAGAGCAGGUGCUCCAUUUUCUGGCCCGCGUCGGUAGGCCCGGCUGGAAAUGGAUGUCGGUUCGUCCCCGGUCGCCUCAGCCACAUCAUGGCCACGGUGGGAUUCCGGUUGGGCACUUUGCUCAGCAUCAUUUCAACUCGCAAGGUUCCCGCAAAGCAGAACCGUACUAUUGCGAUCGUACUCUCGUGCAAAGUCUGGUUCGGGACGCCAUUGUAACGGACGGGUUGGAUCGGGCGUCAACACGUCCCGGAAGGAUCGAGGAUAGGAACCCAAUCGCCACAUUGAUGGCCUUAUUGCACAGACAAGGAAUCUCGAUGUUCGACGUGCAAACAACGUUCGUAGCAACACGGUCUGGAUUACUUCGGUGGUUCGACCAUUUGCCUCACAGCGACAACUCCGAACCUCACUUCAGCGAGACAAAUGCUCGGGCGAUGGAUAUGAGCUGGUAUAAGCGAGCUGUCGAUCACUAUUCUAUCGAACCGGAUGGAUUUGUGUUUAGCGUGCCUUUCGAUUCUGGGUAUUCUGGCAAAAAUAGUUCAACGCUAGUCACGGCAACUCACGCUCUUUUCAUCGACCAUCGAGGUCAUAAAGCUCCAGCAGCAGUUGUAGGGUUACAGUUUCACCAUGAAUCGUUAGCAAAGCAUUUCAACAUGAUAACAUCAAGUUGCGUCAAUACGGGCUCUUCCUGUAAAAAGAACUGUGCUUCCGAUGAGUUAGACUGUUACUUGUUAGAUGACAACGGGUUCGUCAUCCUGUCUGAACGAAACGAGCACACCGGGAAAUUUUUCGGACAAAUCGAUGGAACGAUCAUGGAUUCUCUUGUUCAGGAUCGCAUCUACCGCCGGAUAGCUUUCAUGGAUUACCAAGGUAUCUGUUCGGAUCGAGACAACCCCUACACGGCAGCAGGGGAACCACUAAAACCGAUUCGUCCUAUGUCUUGGUUGUUGAAAUAUAUCGUCUCCUUUGCCACCUACUGGCUGUCGAUCCUGCCAGCCCCAGUCGCUUCCUGGCAUCAGAGUAACAGUUACUACGAUACUGACAACGACUUCGAAGAGGUAUAUGAGUAUGAAAACAACUACGAAAUGCCAGCGGAGCAUAAUCCGUAUGACUUCACGACGCCGGACUAUGAACUGCAUUCGACACCGAUGCCGCAUAGGUCUCAAGCUACGUCCGGACCUCGGGUAGUACCCGACCCAGCCCAUGCCAGACCUUGUGAUCUCAAAACUGAUUUGUACAUACUGCAACCGGAUCGGUUAAAUUCUAGUGGGCAGAACAAUCCACUCAAGGGUAAACUUACGAAUUGCCACUCCUCGGGUUGUGAGCGACCUUUCAGUGUGCAAAAAAUCCCGCACAGCAAUUUGAUUCUACUCGUCGUGGACGUGCUGUGCCCGUGUGGUUCCAAGCAACUGGACAUUGAACCACAGGAGGUGCAUGGCGGCGCAGGUAAGUUAGGCGCAUGUGGAGUACGGCGGAUGGCCAAGGAAAAGAUGCUCCGGAAGCGGCCGAAUCGCUGCAUCAGCUACCAUCCGGAGGAAAUCGAAAUCAAACAGUGCGGUACUGCUACCGGCCUUUUCCGAGCGUCAAUCUUCUCGACGAUAGCAACGUUUGUGCUGAUAUGGGUUCUCACCAGUGUGUGAUAAAGCACUUUUAUUUUCUUGGUAGCUUACUAGACCACGACAAGUACUACGAAACUCGACUAAUUCUAGCCCUAAUCAACUGACGAAUCCCCGCGGAAAAAAAAAGAAGUGUAGCCAGCAUAAUCGAGUGCAGAACAAACCUAGAAACAGACAUCAACGUCAAAAGAAAGCAAACAAUUGGCUUAUCCGAGAAAGUGUUCAUUGGCCAAGGGUAUUUUUUACAUGAACGUUAUAUUAGAUGGUGUAAGUUGCAAGCCAAAAUCGAUGAUUUGUGGUUGUUUUUCCUAUUUUUCGAGAUAUAAUUGAGGACGAGAUCUGCAAGUUAUUAGCCAGGAAGAUGUUCUAGAUGUAUACACAUUAACACUAAACCGGUAACAACAAACGAUUAAACAUCAAGUUCCGACUAACGAUAA